AUGCAUCAGCUUCAUGCUCAUAGAAUUAUCUCCAUUUCAAAAUUAUCUAUGGUGUUCAAAACCCUUGUCCUUUUACCUUUCCUGUUACUUUGUGUUCUAUCUGCUGAUUCUAGCUUAAAAGAUGAAGCUAAUGCUUUGGAACAUUUCAAGAACUCAAUCACAGAUGACCCAACCGGUGCACUCCUGGAUUGGAAUGCUGAUUCCAUCCACCACUGUAACUGGACUGGAAUCCAAUGUGAUGAUGUCUCACAACGUGUAGUUUCCAUUUCUAUUCAACAAACACAACUCAAAGGCGAAAUCUCUCCUUUUCUUGGAAACCUUUCCAGCCUCCAGGUUCUUGAUCUAUCUUAUAAUUUAUUUACUGGAAACAUUCCUUCCCAGUUGGGGUAUUGCACACAGCUUACUGGACUUGCCUUUUACACCAAUUCCCUCUCAGGGUCGAUUCCAUCGGAACUGGGAAACCUCCGGAAUCUGCAGAUACUUGACCUUGGAAACAAUUCACUCACUGGAAUCAUUCCGGAAAGCUUGUGUAAUAUCACUUCCAUGUUAGAACUUAGCCUUGAUGACAACAAACUCAAUGGUACAAUCCCUGAUAGAAUCGGUGAUUUGAUAAAUCUUCAGCAACUUGGAGCUUAUAAUAACAGUUUACAAGGCUCAGUUCCUGCUUCUGUAGGUAAUCUAAAAGAGUUGAUAGCUCUUGACUUCAGUCAAAACCAACUUACUGGUAUCAUUCCUAGACAGAUUGGAAACUUGUCAAAUUUACAAGUUCUUCAGUUGUUUGAGAAUUCACUCUCUGGGAAAAUACCACCUGAAAUUGGUCAUUGCACGAAUCUAUCAGCUCUUAAUUUAUACAGCAACAAGCUCGUUGGAAGCAUUCCUCCUGAAAUUGGAGAUCUUGUGGGUUUACAGUUUUUGCGGUUGUAUAAAAAUCAGUUGAAUUCCAAGAUCCCAAACACGUUAUAUCGAUUAAAAUCAUUAUUGGUUUUGCAACUAGGAGAGAAUCAUCUCAUAGGGAGUCUUUCUCCCGAUAUCCAUUCACUGAAAUCAUUACAAUCUCUUACCCUUCAUCAGAAUAAUCUUUCUGGGGAGAUUCCGGCAUCCAUAACCAGAUUGGUGAAUUUGAUGUACUUAAGUAUUAGCUCAAAUUCCCUCACAGGUGUAAUUCCUUCAAGCAUUGGGUCGCUUCAUAAUCUGCUAGAUUUGUCUCUUAGUGAUAAUUUUCUGGAGGGAUCUAUUCCAUCUAGCAUCACCAACUGCACAAAUAUCCGUUGGUUAAAUGUUGCUGGUAAUCGGAUGACUGGAGAAAUGCCUCAGGGUUUAGGAAAGUUGUCAAAUCUUACAAAUCUAGCUGUUGGCGACAACAGAAUGUCAGGAAGAAUCCCGGAUGAUCUCUUCAAUUGCUCAAGUCUUGUGAUUUUAAAUAUGGCAAAUAACAAUUUCACUGGAUUGUUGAAACCGAGCAUCGGAAGACUCUCUAAUCUCCAAAUUCUGCAAUUUCAUGGUAAUUUCUUAUCUGGCUUCCUCCCAGGUGAAAUCGGAAAUCUAACUAGUUUGAUCUAUUUAACCCUUGGGCAGAACCAAUUUUCGGGUACCAUUCCUGUAGAAUUCUCAAACAUUUCAUCCCUUCAAAGCCUUUUUCUUGGUAACAAUAAUCUGGAAGGCGAGAUUCCAGAUGAAAUCUUUGAGCUCAAACAGCUUACAGAACUGCACUUGAUGAACAACAAAUUUGUGGGCUCUAUUCUGAAUUCCGUUUCAAAGCUUGAGGAGCUUUCUCAGUUAGAUGUAAGUGGAAACAGGUUUAACGGCUCAAUCCCUGAUAGUAUGAGAAAACUUAACAAGUUGCUUUCGAUAGACCUCUCACACAACAUGCUGACAGGGUCGAUUUCAAGGUCCGUGAUUGCAGGUAUGAAAAAUACACAGAUCUUUAUCGACUUCUCCAACAAUUUUCUUACAGGAAGGAUACCAAAUGAAUUAGGCGAGAUGGAGAUGAUACAAGCCAUUUACAUCUCAAACAAUAAUCUGUCAGGAGGGAUUCCAGUGACGCUUCAAAGAUGCAGAAACUUGAGAAGUUUUGAUGUGUCUGGAAAUCAGCUUUCUGGUAGUGUUCCAGAAGAAAUAUUCCCUCCUCUUGAUCUGCUUUCCACCAUAAACUUUUCAAGAAAUCAGUUCGAUGGCGAGAUCCCUGGAACUAUGGCGAAUUUGACUCGUCUUACUUCUAUUGAUCUUUCACACAACAAAUUCAACGGUUUGAUUCCAGAAAGUUUUGGCAACAUUUCGGUUUUGAAAAAACUUGACCUUUCAUUCAACGAAUUAGAAGGACGUGUUCCAGAUACUGGUAUUUUCAGAAACAUAAGCGCAGUUGGAUUACAGGGAAACCCAUCUCUGUGUGUUACAAACAACACCGAAUUAUGCGCCUCAUCAAGUCGAUCAAAGCGCUCACUAUCCAGAAAGGCUGUAUUGAUUCUUUCAAUACUCGGAUCACUUACAUUGCUUCUUGUAUUCAUUUUGGCUGUAUUAUGUUGUCGGCAUGUUAGAAAAGCCAAAGUCAAAGAGCUUGAGAACCCAACAUUACCAGAAAAUACCGCAGGGUUCACUCUCAGAAGAUUUGAUAGAAAAGAAUUGGAAGAUGCUACCGACAACUUCAGUGAAGGUAACAUUCUGGGUACAACUAGUUUAAGCACUGUGUACAAGGGUAGACUAGAAGGUGGGAGGAUGAUAGCAGUGAAAAAUUUGAACAUCACCCAGUUUUCAGCAGAAUCUGAGAAAAGCUUCAACAAAGAAAUGAAGACAUUAGGGAAACUGAGGCAUAGAAAUCUAGUGAAGUUACUUGGUUACGCAUGGGAGAGUGGGAAGCUAAAGGCUUUGGUUCUUGAAUACAUGGAAAACGGUAAUUUGGAUAGGAUUAUACACGACUCUGGGAUUGAUAGAUCAAGAUGGGAUUUGUCUGAAAGAGUAGAUGUUUUGGUUUCUGUAGCCAGAGGAUUGGUGUACUUACACUCAGGAUAUGAUUUUCCUAUAGUUCAUUGUGAUUUGAAGCCUUCUAACAUACUUCUGGAUGAAAAGUGGGAUGCUCAUGUGAGUGAUUUUGGCACAGCUAGGAUUCUUGGAGUUCAUCAACAAGAUGGAAGCAACAUCUCUUCUGCUUCCGCAUUUCAAGGCACAAUUGGUUACUUAGCACCAGAAUUUGCGUAUAUGAAGAAACUGACAACAAAAGUGGAUGUAUUUAGCUUUGGAAUAGUAGUGAUGGAACUUAUAACAAGAAAAAGACCGACAAGUGUCCUUACUGAAGAGGAGGGAGUCCAGAUCACUUUGCCACAACUAGUAGACAGAGCACUUUCAAAUGGAAUAAAUGAGCUGAUGGAAAUUAUAGACCCUGAUCUGGCUUCUAAUUUCUCCACGAAACAGGGUGUUAUAGAACAACUACUUAAGUUGGCCUUAUAUUGCACAAAAAUGAACCCAGAGGAUCGACCUGACAUGAAUGAAGUCUUAUCUUCCCUUUCAAAGAUCCAUAAGAACGUCUAG